UUUGUCGAGGUUUUUAUACGAAAAAAAAACAACAACUGUUGCCUGGCAACGACGUAGCCAACAGAGAGCACCACAAACUAUUUUCAGCGUCGAAAUGAAGUCCGUUAAAUUUGGUAGAAGUGUGUCGGCGUGCGAGCUGGACUGUAAAACGGCGGAGGGAUGUCUCUACAUGUGCGGGAUGUGUCCAUCUUGCGCUUUUGCCCCCAAAUCACCGGCUUCCUCGCGGUGUUUGUGGAAGGUGUCGGAUGAAUUCAAGAGGAGGUUCAUGGUGGAGCUGCUUUUACGUUGCAAACACAUCCAAGUGCUCGAAAGCAUCCAGAGUGUGCUGGGUGUAACUUCUUGGACUUUAUUAACUUACGCCAGGGCAAGGAGUCCAACUUCACCUCAGGAUUACCCGUGCCGCGGUACAGGGCGACCGCAGGAUGGGAAGCCACUGGGCAUGGACAUGAAUGAGAUCUGGGACUGGUUCAACAGCAGCCCUGACUGGAUGAAGUCAUGUUACCUCUGCCGUCUUUUCUCACUCUGUGACUCGGAACUGUUACGCAUGGUGGCUAAUUUAACCAGCGUGCUUCUGGUCAGACAAAAACGAGGUUUUCUGCAUUUUAAUGUGAGUAGUCGCAGUACCAGUCGGUGUGAUCGGGUCAGCGAUGAGGACCCGGCUCUUAUGGUGGUGCCUGGAUCCUCAAAGUCCGUGUCUGGAGUCAGCCGGUACCUAGACUUCAUAGGCUGCCUACCAGUUGAUCUGUCAAAGAGGAUACUAGGUCUGUUAGAUGAGCCCACUUUGAGACGCUGCCAGAAGGUUUGUCGAUACUGGCGGCAACUAGCACAGGAAACAGUGGAGGAAAUCAAGUUCAGAAGUCUUUUUCAGGAUCAAAUUCAGGCAAUGAUGAAGAGGUCCAAAGGUAAUAAUAUAGUCAGUUCUACUUACGCCAACAUCGUUGAAGUCCCCGUACCCGUCAAGGAUGAUGAGACAGGGGAUAUUCAUCCUAGUGUCCAAAAGGUCAAGCCAUUUGAAGGAGCUUAUGCCAAAAUCAUAACCAAGACGGUGCAAAUGGAAGAGCGCAAUGUUUAUUGUGGUGCACAUUUUACCACGGUGCUGCUGGACAAAGAGGACCCACAGCGGGUAAUGGACUACAGAGGUGGAUUGUUUAUGGCGACGGGCUCCAAGGACCGCGUGGCGCGUCUGCUUUAUGUGGAGUCGGAAACAAAGGUCGUGUCAGUGAUGAAGGGCCAUGUUGGCAGCAUCCGGGCAGUGCUGCUAUGCGAGGACAGAGACCUGCUGAUAACGGCGAGCUGCGAUGCGAGUAUCAGGUGUUGGAGUUUGAAGAAUGACAAGUGUUUGAUGAUGCUGUACGGUCACACUGGCACCGUCAACUGCCUGGAUGUCCACGAUGACAGACUUGUGUCAGGAGCCAAAGACUGUAUAGUAAAAGUGUGGAGUCUACACACAGGGAAGCAUUUUGAGGAUUUUCAUUUCAAGCACCCCAGUCCUGUCCAGUGUGUGAGGAUCAAGACAAGAACAGUCUACAGCAGCUGUGAUCGGGGCCUUGUCAAAAUAUGGGACAUGGAGAAUGCAUCGUUGCUCAGGGUGAUUGAUGCCCACAGGAGCUCAGUGAAGUGCCUGUUCGUCGACGAAUGGCACUUUUUAUCGGGGGACUGCAGCGGUCAGGUCAUGGCCUGGAGCAUCAACUGUGGUGCUAAAGAGCGCCUCAUGACCUUUAGCCACCCAAAGGAGGUCAAAUCUCUGACUCUCAUCUACCUCCGUGUCAUUACCGGCUGUGUGGACGGAAAGAUUCGCAUAUUUAAUUUCCUCACCGGAGAUUGUCUGAGACACAUCACGGCAGAGGCUGAAACAGGACGAAUACUGUCCCUGCACUUCCAUGACAACCGUAUAUUAGUGAACACAACAUCCAGUGUGAAGCGCUACCAGUUUGCCAAAGUGUUCUGGGAUUACACAGAGAGAGGCCAAGGUGAUGUGGUGGCUCAGGAUGGUUUGGUUUCUGAGAAAUCUGCAGCUUCGCUCAGAAAGCUUCCCUUCACCUCUGUCAGGGACGAUCACUCAGCACAGGUGACUUCGCCCCGCCAAAAGAUGCAUGACUGUAACAACAGGAAACCAGAGAGAGCUGAGCUGCAUUACCACACCUGCUUCCUGCCUAGCGCCACUAAAUGUCAAGCACAUGCCAGAGAGCGCUGUGUGACUGCUAAACAGUCAGUGAUGCUGAGUGAGAAGGCAACGAGUGAACGGAUCAAGAGGAGGGGGCUUCAUCAUCCUCUGACACGCGACUCCAUCCUCCUCAGGGUCAAUGCCAUCCAGAAGGCGCAGUGCACGGAUGAAGUCAGCAUCAACAUGGAGUGGAACGCCAGGCUGCGAGAUUCCUGGGGCCCUCACACGUCUCAGGAUCCUCUGCACUGUGACCUGAAACAGAGCCUGCAGAGUCAGAUGUGGCACACACACGAUGUUCAUCCCAGGAGGGCCAAGACCUGUCUUCCAAUUUUAAAGAGAGCUGUCAGUCAAAACAUGGCAAACACAAUCAAAGGCAGCAAUGUCUCCACUGGCCCUUACACUCAGAGGAGAAACCAUCCCUGUUCAUUUUCUAAAAAAGAACAGCCUCACAGUGCUGACACACAUAGGGCAAUCAAGAGAGUGAGUGGAUUUACUACAAGUGCCACAGAGGGGCCACAGGCUCCUGAGUGCAUGCUCAUGAGUUCGCUACCUAAUCCGGAGCGCUCCAUGAAAACUAGCAGCCACUUGCCCAGGAUCAGCCCUGUGUCUGUGAAAGGUCCAUUCAGAGAGCAGGGAGGAUUCAGGCUGCUCACAGUGAACCAGCUGGAAGAUUGUUGGGCCGAGAAGGAUCUCAUGCACAACUGUGAGCAAAAACUGUCCAACAGGAAUGAGAAGCCAGAGAAAACACUGAAGAAAGUCACAUAAUUUGUUCUUUUUUAUGAUAUAAUUUGUGAGCAGAACUCUAUCUCCACUGCACAGUGGCUCUUCUUAACAUCUUUGUUUGUCCAAGGCACCAUAUCUUUUAAAUGUGAGGUUUCAUUAAAACUCCACUAGGGGUCAGUAUUGUAUCAUCUGACUCGGCUGGACGAGGACCCAGGGUUAUUAUUAUACAGUCGUUUUGCAGUAUGCUUUAGAUUUUAUUUUAUUUAGAAUCUGUUCAUUUGUGACUUGAUUUUUUUUUUUUUUAU